AUGGGCAAAGUGGCAACACAUAUACUUUUUUCUGUUCCUGGUGAUCCUGACAGACUUGGCUGCUCCCAUGAACGUGCUGAACCUCUCACUGAACGAGUUGAAAAUAUUUCUGCUGAGAAUAAAGAAAGGCUUUUGGACUUUGGCAUAUUAAAACUGAAUCUCAAGCAGACUGAAACACAACCAUCACAUUUUCAGCUAGAGUUGUGUUCAAAACAUGUUCACAACACAAGCCACAAUACAGUCUCAGAACACAGGCUCAGAACACUGGCUCAAAACACGUGCUCACAACACAGGUUCACAACACAAACCACAAUACUGGUUCACAACACAGGACACAAUACAGACUCACAACAGAGGCUCACAACACAGGUUCAGAACACAGGCUCAGAACACCGGCUCAAAGCAAGGGCUCAGAACACAAGCUCAGUAGACAGGCUCAGCACACAGGCUCAAAACACGUGUUCACAACACAGGCUCAAAACACAGGACAAAAUACAGACUCAAAAUACAGGCCGCAAUACAGACUCACAACAAAGGCUCACAAUUCAGGUUCAGAACACAGGCUCACAACACAGGUUCAGAACACAGGCUCACAACACAAGCUCAGUAGACAGGCUCAGCACACAGGCUCAAAACACGGGCUCACAACACAGGCUCACAAUACAGGACAAAAUACAGACUCACAAUACAGGCCGCAAUACAGACUCACAACAGAGGCUCACAACACAGGCUCACAAUACAAGCCACAAUACACGCCACCAUACAGACUCACAAUACAGACUCUCAACACAGGCUCACAACACAGGCUCACAUCACACGCCACCAUACAGAUUCACAACACAGACUCAUAACACAGGCUCACAACACAGGCUCACAAACAGGUCACACACAGACUCACAACACAGGCUCACAUCACAGGCUCACAACAGGCCACAUUACAGGCUUACAACACAGGCCACAGCACAGGCUCACAACACAGGCCAAAAUACAGGCUCCCAACACAGGCUCACACAGACUCACAACACAGGCUCACAACACAGGCCUCACAACACAGGCCACAUUACAGGUUCACAACACAGGCUCACACAACACAGGCUCACAAUACAGGCAACAAUACCGGCUCACAUCACAGGCUCACAACACAGGCCACAUUACAGGCUAAACACAGGCCACACAGGCCUCACAUCACAGGCUCACAACACAGGCCAAAUUACAGGCUCACAACACAGGCUCAACACAGGCUACACAGGCAACAAUACCGGCUCACAUCACAGGCUCACAACACAGGCCACAUUACAGGUUCACAUUACAGGUUCACAACACAGGCCACACAUUACAGGCUGA